CUCUCUCUCUCUCUCUCUCUCUCUUCGCACGAGUUUAGGGAGACUCAUUUAAUCGCACACGACUGAAACGUUGAUGCAUCCACACAGAAACAUUUUCUGCCCCUCUACUACAAGUCUCGUCCCGUUGAGAAGCUCGUAGUGGAGUGGUGGGCGUGGUCUUUGAAUAACUCGUGUAGCAUUCGCUUAUAUGUCUACGUAUCUAUAUGUGUACACACGCAUGAAGGCACGCACGGGCGCGCAGGUGAGAAGAGAGAAACCCGACCAGGUAAGGGGAAGCUACCGGCGCGGUGGGCCGACAACACGGCGCGCACGCCACUACGCGAGACCGUUCGUACCCUCCGCGACUACACCGGGGUCAGUCAGGGUCCUGCUCUUAGCCAGGACACUCCAAGACCUUGCGCACGCGGACGACACCGGGUGGCGAGUAAAGGAAAAAGAAAGGGGGAGAGAGAGAGAGAGAGAGAGAGAGAGAGAGAGAGAGAGAGGAAGAAAUUGAAAGAAAAUUUGGCAUUUUUUCAUUAAAAAUUUUUACAUCUUUCUCUCGCUUUCUUUGCCGCACCUUUAGCGACAUAGUAAAGCGACACUCGAUGGUAUAAUAAUUUUGGUGUUUAUUCGCUAUACCUUUUCGACUUGGUUCGUCGAAUCAAUCCCAAUCGACCGGACAAAUUUGCCCGACCUGAGUCAACCACGUGGUAACACUCUAUAGAAUCUCGCUUCUCUCCGGAAGAAAGGAUCGCAAAGAAUAAAGGAUAUUCGAUAAAGUCUGCUCUUACACGCUCAUUGGAAACACAGUAUCUACGAGUUUUCUGAGAGAGUGCGAGCUAAAAGUUGGACGAACGUUCAACGUUUAUACAUGAGUGGAGAGAAAUAGCCCUGAUCCCGUUGCCGCUGCCAUUGCCGUUGCCGUUGCCGUUGAGAUUGCGAUUAGGAACGUGAUGUGUGAAGCGGUACCGCGAACUUGGCACAUGAAACCGGAACUUCACAGCGAUCCUGUAGGAGUUCCGGUGGGAGCUCUAUCACCCCCGGCCACCCUAUCGCCUCCCAGUAGCCCCAAUGUGACGUUACCACCCUCUCCUUGGAGCCCAGGCGCUCCGGGCAGUAGCGCGAGCAGCGUUGCCUCUACGAAUCUUCCCUCUAGCUUCUGCGUACCUGUUCCGGAUCGUUUCAGCGCCUUUACUCUCGUGUCCGGAUAUGGUUCGGAUCUACGACUACAAAAUUUACCCCAUGCCGCGAACGUAGCUGCGCGAGAGAUGCGUUGCGGUCUGAUGUACAGCGGUUACGCGACGUCCGGGAGCACUUGGUGGGCCCGAAACGUAGGCUUUCUGUUGCCGCAUUCCCUUCUACCGCCGUUAAGAAUUCCAGCUCAGCAGACGACACCGGUCGCCAAUUGUUCGCCCAUCCAUCCGGAACCUCUUAGCCCGGUCAAACCCGGUUCGCCAAGAUGCGCCGCGGAAAAAGCUGCAAUCGAGGAAGAAGUACCUCUGAAUCUUAGCACAAAACCAAACGACGUCUCAUCGAAUAUCACCAGAAAAAAUGAAAUCUGGUCACCUGGAUCAGUUUGCGAAAGAGAGGCCAGAGAAACGAAAGCACCGUCUUCUAGAAAUCCUUUGGCGACUUCUAUAAUCAACAGGCAAAUUCAUCAUUCACCCCUCACUCCACCAUCGUCGUCCGAAAGAAGCUUUCAGUGCAAACAAUGCGGGAAGGCAUUCAAACGGUCGAGCACGCUCAGCACUCACCUUCUAAUUCACUCCGACACGAGACCCUACCCCUGUCAAUAUUGCGGCAAGAGGUUUCAUCAAAAAUCGGACAUGAAGAAACACACAUAUAUUCACACCGGUGAGAAGCCCCAUAAAUGCGUGGUAUGCGGUAAAGCGUUUUCCCAGAGCAGCAAUCUGAUCACUCAUAUGCGCAAGCACACGGGCUACAAGCCAUUCCAAUGCGGCCUUUGCGACAAGGCCUUUCAAAGAAAGGUCGAUCUUCGGAGGCAUCGAGAAGGUCAGCAUCCAGCGGCGCCGGCGUUAGAUUAUCGCUCGCUUCAGGUUGCGUCGACUGGUGUCGGCGAACAAAGUGCCAUUCAACGUAACAACACCCGGCAACCUCGGUGCACGCCAUCACCACCACCACCACCGCCACCACCACCACCACCACCGCCGUCGUCACAAGCAACGAUACAACCACCAGUACAGCCGCUCUCUGGUACCACCGCCAGCGGCAGCACAGCCCCAUACAGAACGAUACCGGUUCCGGGUAGCAGCAGCAGCAGCAGCAGCAGCAGCAACAGCAGCAGCAGCUGAGAUUCGUCUCACCGACCGCCCUUUCCUUCUUGCAGGUGUACGCACGAUUCCAUGCAGGAUCACCGAACGCGCGCGCCAAGCGUCGCACUAUGAUUCGACCACACUUCUUAUUUAGUCUCACACCUUUCGAAUCUCUGCCUUGUAAAUAGUCCACGACGAAUUGCUACUGCUAAACGGAGAUACGAUUGAUUACGAUUAUUUACAAGAAAGAAUUUCAUUCUUUCGUUCAUUAUCGUGUCCAACAGUAUAUAUAUAUUUCGAAUAUGUACUUUAGAUGCUUGGAAGACGGAGAAAAGUUUUCGGCUAUCUCUCGAACGUUGGUGAGUAAAGUUUAAAUAUAUCCAAUCCUUUGAUCGCAUUAAAUAUACGACAAUUUUUUGGAAAAGAGAAGAAAUUAAGAGAGAAAUGAGAAAAGGGUGGGGGGAGAGAGAGAGAGAGAGAGAGAGAGCGCGCGCGAUGUUUUAUCGAUCGUCCAACGCUUUAAUUUCUUCGCGUAGAUAUCUAUGCACGCGUCAACGAGCCUCUAAUAAAAAGUAUUCGGUGAACAUAAUAUAUUAAAAAGCUCGAAAGAAAACAAAGGUCCCUAAAGUAAAAAUGUUAUUAUCCUAAAAACAAUGGCACAAAUUUUCUGUCAUUCGUUCGUCGUUGCGCUUCUUUCGUAUCGAUCGACGCAUUAACGUUGAUUAUUCUCGUGACGAAGAGACAACAUAUGCUGUCUCUUAAACGGUAUUUUCUCGCAAGACUACUCGUAUGUAUUACAUAAUAAAUACACGGGUUAAUGUGAAACAAAGAAGAAAAAGAACAAACAAACGGACCAAGAACAAAAAUGGAAGCGUAUUAUCGUGAAACCCGAACAACGAAAUCGUCGUAAAAGCAGAUUCGCGUGUACAACUAGACGGGACGGAUGGACGCUAGAUCGGCUCGAAAUAACACGCGAAUACUAAUGUAUUCUUCUUUGACGUCGCGUUUGAUUUUGAAUAGGGAGACCAUGGAUCACGCGUCUAUGACUCUUUGUGUUUUUUCGUGCUUGUCUCUUCUCUAUCAGCGCAAACUCAUCGAGGGAAACGAACACACGCGAUAGUAAGUAAAGUAGCUUUCUCUCUCUCUCUCUCUCUCUCUCUCUCUCUCUCUCUCUCUCUCUCUUUCGCUUACUCGCUUCGAAUUCAACUUUCACACACAAAAUUUGCCAUUAUAUUGAAUUUUUAAACAAUUACUGUAUAUUAGUGUUUGCGCUCUUUUAAAACGGCAAAGCUAUAGCGGAAGAAGACAUUUUUCUAUUAAUCGGAACGUUAUAAAUGUCUUUACUCAUUGCGAACGAAUCUAUCUAAUAACGAAUAUCUGAAGAAAAAUAGAAAUAAGGAGUUUUAGAAAAGAACGUUGUUACCGAAUCGGUGUUCCAUUCCCGAAUGUUGCUUUGUUUGUUCUAUUAAUUUAUACGUAUUUACUGUCUUGACGAUAAUUCGUGUAAAAUUGUAAACGGCAUAAUGAACUCAUGACUUUAUUUGUGUCGGUAUAUCUAUCGAAAUAUUAUACAUAUAUAAAGAAAGUUUGAAUAAAAUACAAAUUUAUAUAUACUAUUUGUAGAAAAUUAUAUUAUAAUGUAGCAAAGAUUAUUCAUGAAUGAAAUAACAUGAACCGUCCACUCGUUUCGUUGAUUCAUUUGUAUGUGUGCGUGGUGCGUGCGUGCGUGCGGUUAUAUAUAUGUAUAUAUACAUAUAUAUAUAUAUAUAUAUAUAUAUAUAUAUAUAUAAAAUAUGUAUUUUAUGCUUAAGCGAAAAUUUAUUAUACAAAUAUAACACGCAUCUAGAGAUGUGUACGCAGAUGGCAUCAAGAACGUCCAAUGCCCUGAUUAAUGCAUUUUGCCUGAUUUUGACAAAUUUUAUGAAUUUUAAAUAAGAAUUAAACAACUUAUCCUACAUUUAAUUAAUUUCUCCGCAUUAUCCGAUACACGUAAAUACCUAAAUGAUGAUUUUCCUGUUGCCAUCGCAUAUAACAGAAAAUUAUUUAUUUGCUACUAAUAAUUCAUAUAAAUAAAUAUCUAUUUGGACGCAUAGAUAUUCCAAAAUAAAACGUUUAACGGUAUCGAGAUAAAAAUAUUAUUAUGAUUUCAUUUUAUAAAAUCUCAUUAGUUAUUAUUUUUCAUAUAUUUUAAAUAUUUCAUUUGAACGAUCGUUUUCUUUUUUAUUCCCAUUAUAUGUAAGUAUGUUCUUGAAAGAUCGUGUAAGUGAUUAAUACAAAUGAAUAUUAUUAAUAACAUAGAGCGCUCUUUAUCUAUUACUUGUCAUAGUCUAUCAAAGCCAAAGUCGUACGGUUAGAGAGAUUUUUUUGUACCGGUAAAUAAUUCCAUUUUGGAAGCAGCGAGAAUAAAACAGACAUUAGAUCGUUUCAUCAUUUCUGACGUAAUUUCUACGAACGCGAAAAAAGUUUUAUCAUUUUGACGUAACAAUUCUGAUAUACGACAGAAAUUAUGCAACGAUCUCAUAGAUUUUCGUUGUAGGUACACAAACACACACACACAAACACACACACACACACACACACACACAUAUAUAUAUUUGCGAAUUGGUGAUAACAAGUGCAAAAUUUGACGGCGAAAUAAAAAUGGAAAGAAGAACUUUCGUAUGGUCGAUUGUAUAGUACCGAGAAUGUAUAAAAAAAGAAUACAUAUAUAAAGUAGGUAUAUAAGCGUGCAAAUGUACUUUUAACGAUCGAUGCACAAUUAUUCGUACAAAUACGUGAAUUUUAACUAACGAUACUAACUUUUUACGCAUCUGUACAUUUUUUCCUCUUGUGUCCACGUUUCACUAUAAUCUGCAUCUCGUACAUUUCUGCUGUAUAUGUAUGGUACAUUUGAAAAUUUCUAUAUAUGUAAGUACUUUUGAAUUUCUUUACGAAAACGGAUACCUACACACACACACACAGACAGACAUAUAUACACACACACACAGACGCACACACACACAUACGCACACGCACACUAUGCGAAUAAUUCUCUGAAAUCGAUUGUAGAAAAUAUAAAAAAAAAUCGAAACGCGAAAAGCUUCACAUUUCGAAAUUCGUUGUAUAAGAGAAAAAUCAUAGCGGCUAGAGGACCAAAGAUAGUAUAAACUGGACCCGGCUGAUUGGUAAUCUUCGGGUUUUUUUAAAGAAAAUAAAGGAGAUGGUUUGGAGAUGGUUAUUUGUACUUUGAAAGUACUUUGAAAAACCCGAAACAAAAAUCAAAGCCUUCGGUCCUUCUUACGCGCUAGUAUAAUUAGUAUAUUAAGAGUAUAUUUACGAUCGGAUCGACUUAAAGUCGAAACCGAGUAAAGUGCUCGGGCAUUGCUUGUUUAUGAGCGAAUCUAUGAUAAUGGGUACGGUAUCGUCGUCAUUGCUUCGAAAUUUCUUCUUUUCCUUUUUUAUCUUUAAGGAGAAUUCAAACGUGUGUUGAUACACGUUCUUUAUAUGCGAAUGAUCGUUUACAGUUACUCGAUAAGAAGAUAAACAUAAGAGAAAUCAAACCGAUAGAUAAAUAAGUAUAUCAUUCUGUCGUGUAGAAUAUGUAUGCAUGCACGCGUGUAUGUUUGAGAGCGAGAAAAUAUGAAAAAAAAAGAAAAAAGAAGAAAAG